UUGUCAACAACAAGAACGAGUCAGUCAAGGUCUUCGCGAUUACCUACUUGAAUAUUUAGAUAAAAUAUUCCAUUGCUAAAUCGUGAUCGGUCAGAGAAUCAUGGAAACUCGCUUAAAAUAAUACAAUUUUAAGGGCGCAAAUUAAUACUACCACUAACUCAGCAAUAGUUACUUAUAAAAAUACCUAAUCGAUUUAUCUGUGUCCUCGCUUCGCCUAAAUUACAAUAGUACUUAAAUUAAUGGGUUUCAUUACUCGUUAACCACUUCGCAAAUUCGUAGUUGUAUCCAUAAGUAUGUGCAGUUCUUCAUAAGACUAUUACUUAUAGAAGUUUAUAACUUAUUAUUUAGUUUUAGAGACGAGUUUUAGAAGUAGUUCUAGAGAUGUCUAUUAUAAGUAAACGUUUGUUUACUAAAGGAUUAUCUAGUGUUAUUAGUGCGCAGAAUAUUCGAUCACUCAGUAAUGCAGCCAAAUACGACGUAGUAGUUAUCGGCGGGGGUAUAGUAGGCGCUGCCUCAGCCCGAGAACUCCUCAUACGGUACCCCAACCUGAAGAUAGCCCUGCUGGAGAAGGAACACCGCUUCGCUCACCACCAGAGCGGAAAUAAUAGCGGAGUCAUCCACGCCGGCAUCUACUACAAACCUGGCUCGCUGAAGGCGAAGCUAUGCGUUGAAGGACAUAGCUUAGCUUACGAAUACUGCGACAAAAAGAAAGUGCCAUAUUUAAAAUGCGGGAAAUUAAUCGUAGCCACAGAGCGAGCUGAAAUACCUAGGCUACUAGAACUGUAUGAUCGAGGGCAGAAAAAUGGAGUCAAAGACUUGGAACUCAUGGACAGGAAACAGAUGAAGGAAAUCGAGCCAAAUUGCGACGGUUUACAAGGCAUCUGGUCUCCGCACACGGGCAUUAUCAACUGGGGGGAAGUCACCCGAUCUUUUGUUGAGGAUUUCAUAGAGCGGGGCGGACAGAAAUAUUUAAAUUUCGAAGUGAGAAAGUUCGCUGAAGCUGCGGAUAGCGAGUAUCCUGUGAUCAUUUCUGAUGAGAAAGGGCAAGAAGUAAGAGCAUCUCAUGUUUUAACUUGCUGUGGCUUACAUUCUGACACGAUCGCAGUUUUAACAGGCUGCCCUGAGGAGCCUAAAAUAGUCCCUUUCAGAGGCGAAUACUUGUAUAUAGUUAGAGAAAAGAGCGAUUUAGUGAAGGCCAAUAUAUACCCGGUGCCGGACCCGAGGUUCCCGUUCUUGGGAGUGCAUCUGACGCCGCGGAUAGAUGGCAGGAUCAUCGUUGGACCUAAUGCGAUUCUGGCGUUUGCGAAGGAAGGUUACAAAUGGGGCGAUAUAAACAUGAAAGAGCUAAGAGACAUCUUCAACUUCCAAGGCUUCCGCCAAGUAGCUACUAAAUACGCGUGGUUCGGAAUGAAAGAGAUGGCGCGAUCGUGGCUGAUGCCUCUCCAAGUAGCACAGCUGAGGAAGUUCGUGGUGUCUCUGUCCGUCGCCGAUGUUGAGAGAGGACCGUCGGGCGUUAGAGCGCAGGCUAUGGGGAAAGACGGGACGCUAAUAGAGGACUUCGUGUUCGACUCGCAGCCGGGGGCGGGCGCGGCGGGCGGUGUGGGCGGGCGCGUGCUGCACGUGCGCAACGCGCCGUCCCCCGGCGCCACGUCCUCGCUCGCCAUCGCCGGGAUGGUCGCCGACAAGAUGGCCGACCAGUUCAAAUUAUCCAACAAAACCACCGCGAAAGGCAGCUUAUAGAAAACGGCCGCGUUGGGACUGCCAUCUUGUGGCAUAAACCGGAGUUAACAACUGAACAUUAAUACUUUAUUUAAAUGCGCUCUAUCUACAGUUUCCGUGAGGGACUGCCAUUUUAUAGGCUACGGCAUAAAUUAAAAUCAAAUAUUUAUUAAUUGUAUAAAAAUAUGUAAAAAUAUAAGACGUACUUGCUUUGAAUUUGACAGCUCUGUGUAGCGCUAUCUUUACAUGUGAAAAGUUGAUGUUUGAUGACAAUCAAUUUACCAAAAAAUGCUGAUUUAACUAAAUUAUAAUGGCUCUUUGAUGAGAACUAGUACCUAAAGAAAGGACGCUUCCCACGAGGAAUUUCGUACGUUGAACCGCCUGUUCUUAUUGUAUCGCACGCGCGUUACUCACCGCGCGUGAUUUCCCGCCUCUGAUACCGGCGACCAAUUACACUGAGCGAGUGAGACAGCAAUAUAUCAUUAUGCACGUACGAUAAAGAUAAGAAUAGGCGGGUCAAUGUCCAGUCAGCAUCAAUAGUAGCGGAUGAAACAACGCGCCAAAAGUAUCUGAUAUUCCGGAUAACUUUUCCAAAUAAAGAUAAAUCUCUAAAAUGUACGUUCACAAGUAUAUCUUAUACCGUCUUAAUUGUUCUACAUAUAGGACCAUCACAUUUUGUUAAACUGUUACAGAAUGAUAGAUACUUUUGAAACCUUGUUUGAUCCGCUACUUUUGAUGCUGACUGUACCAUCAGCCGUAAAAGUGCAUGGCGAGUUUAUCAAUGGAUUCAUUCACAAUUUAUCACUCUAAAGCACCAAUUGCGUCUACACUUCCCGAUUUCGCGCCCGGAAUCAGUCCCGAUUUUGGACCUGAUAAUAGUUUUCGUUUCACGGAAUAUCAGCACAUCGUUAACAAUAUUUAAAAUGUAAAAAUACUUUGUCUCUAAUUACCAAAAAUGUUCAAUGCAUAUUUUUUCAUAUGAACCAUGUUUUCACAUUUCAAAUAUUGUAGACGGUGUGCUAAUAUUUGGUGCAACGGAAAAAUGCUCUUUCCCGGGUCUGAUAUCAGGCCUGAUAAAGUGUGGAUGUAAUUGGCACUAAACUCGUUGUAGUAAGCGUGCUUUCUUCCCCUACACCGCCACCAGUCAGUUAUGUUCGUGGAUGACUACUUUCUUUUUACAAGGUUUAUGUAUUCUGUAUGGUGCUAAUUUUUUAUUGAAACUAUUCAAUGUACAAAAUAUAACACCGUUAUAUAAAAUAUGUUCAAGAUGUAUAUAGAUUUGUUACCUAUGUAAUAGAUAUAGAUAUACAACAUGUAAAUCAAAUUAAUUUUAUUAAAAACAUAUUUAAAUGGAUUCGUGUAAAUAAAAAAUAUUAUUUUAAAUAUUAAA